CUGAUAAGACACAGGAGAGAGGAAGAGGUGAGGGGAAGGACAGAGAGAGAGAGAAUGAGAGAAACAUAUCAGAUAGAGAAGUAAGAUCAGCAGAGAAAAAGGAAGGACGUUGACUCAGCAGUUGCAGUGUGAGGUGAAAAGAGGAAGAGGAAAGCUGUGAGUGUGUGAGAGUGUGUGUGUGAGAGUGUGUGAGUGUCACUCUGCUGACCUGCUCCUGCCGUGGUAAACGUCUCCAUGGAGGAGCCUCAGGUGUCCCGUUCCAUAGAGCUGAGUGACGGCUCACUGAUGCCAGCGCUGGGGCUCGGGACCUGGAAGCCCUCCCCUCUCCCCCCCUCCUCGGUGCAGGGUGCAGUGGAGGCAGCCAUCGCCGCGGGUUACCGUCACAUAGACACCGCCCACAGCUACAACAACGAGGUUCACAUCGGAAAGGCCCUGCGCUCCAAGAUGCAGCAGGGCAUCAUCAGGCGCCAGGACAUGUUCAUCGUCAGUAAGCUGUGGCUUACCCAUCAUGCGCCAGAGGACAUCCCUGUGUGCCUGGAUAAGUCCCUGAAAGACCUCCAGCUGGACUACCUGGACCUGUACCUCGUGCAUUUCCCUGUUGGCCUAAAGAAAAUGGGAGAUGAGCUUUUCCCGAAGAAGGAUGGAAAGAUGUUGACCUCUGACAUCGACUAUGUGGAUGUGUGGAGGGGCAUGGAGGCCCUGCAGGCCUCAGGGAAGGUGAGGAGCAUCGGGGUGUCUAACUUCAGCGUCCUGCAGCUGCAGAGACUCCUGGCUCUGUGCAGGGCCCCCCCCGCUGUCAACCAGAUCGAGCUGCAUCCCUACCUGGUGCAGUCUGAGAUGAUCGAGCUAUGUAAAUCCAAGAACAUCGUGCUGACUGCCUUCAGUCCCUUUGGCUCACCUGCAAGACCCCCAGAGCUGCUGAGAGGAGAGACUGAUCCUCUGAGGCUGCUGGAGGACCCCGUGGUGGCAGAUAUCGCCCAGAAGCACAGACACAGCCCCGCACAGGUGUUGCUCAGGUUCCACGUGCAGCAGGGUGUUGCAGUCAUCCCGAAGAGUGACAAGCCUCAUCACAUCCUGGAGAACACAAAGAUCUUUGACUUCAGUCUGACUGAAGAGGACAUGCAAGCCCUGAGAGGACUGGACCGAGGGUGGAGGUCCUGCCUGCUGGAGGAAGUCAAGUCUCACCCGUACUACCCCUUCGUAUGAAGCUGCCAGAGGAUGAGUGGAGAGGAGGCGGCACACUGCACCUACUGACACGUCAACAAGACCUCAGACAGCCUCACACUGCCAUUCAGUGUGCCUUACUGCACAAGAAUAAUCAUAUAGUAGUGUAGUGGCCAGCAUAGUGAACCCGGAAAUGUUGAGUACCCCAAAGUUCUAUGUUAGAAAUGUAUAGUUGGGUCCCCUGAAGAUAGAAACUGUUUGCACAAUAAGCAUCAGUAUCAUGAUUAGCAUUAAUGGCAUUACAGCUCACUGUAUUUGAACAACAGCCGAUUUGGACAACUUUUGAGUGGUUUUGGAGGUUAUUGAGGAUGCGGGUUUAACCUAAAAGUGUCCAUAUCUGUCGUCCCAGGUUGACUACCAUGAGCAGUGUUGCAACCAUUGGAUAUAGACAGCACAAUAUAAAAAUGUGAAGAAACCUUGAGGACAGAGGAGGAUCUCUCUCCCAGGACGGAUAGACUUGCAGUGUCGUGUAAAUUGAAAAGAUAAUACAUUUACAACAUAGGUAGCCCAAAUGCUUGAAAAUGCAUGUGCCUAUAAAAAAGGAUAUGAACCCAGGUGGAUGUCAACAAUCCUGUGGGAGCCAUCAGAGAAGUAGUAUGAGAGUCAGGCAGGACCACAGAGACAGGUUCAGCCAAGACACAUAAUUGUAUUUAAUGCUAAUUAAUGCAACUUGCUAAUUGUAGUUAGCAUCCCAUACUAAUAUAUAUUAUAAUAAUAUAUAUAUAUUAAUGUGUUAAAACUUUGGGGUUCUGACACAUUUCUGGGUUCACUAUAGGACUGUAAGCUGGAAACUCUAAUGUGCAGGUGAACACACAGUUUAAGAAGAUUCAGCUUUCAAAUGAGAUUGUAAUAUAUUUAACCAACAAAUAUCAGUGCCCUGAUAAGCUUUUACAAGUGAAGUGAUUUGUUUUAUAAUGUUCCAUGUUUUGAAUAAAAUACUUUGCCGUUACA